UGACGCCUGGACCCAGACUUGGUGCCGCCGCCGCCAUCCGCCGGUGGGAAACAUGUCCGCGGGCCGCCCGUUCCUGGCCUGCGCCUGCUUCUUCUCCGACAACAUCUUCGUGGGGCGCUACGGGCUGCACGUCCGGUACCGGGACGAGCGGCAGCUCCGCCGCGACUACGGGCGGGCGCUGCGGGAGCGGGGCUGCCGGAGCGAGGAGGACUUCGGGGCCGCGCUGAGGGAGAUCGAGGCAGAAGUGACCAGAAGAAGAGGGUUAAUUCAUCAGUCAGUGAAACGCAAAGCCAUCAUCUCACAGUGCUACAAGAGAAAACACCCAGAAGUGUACACUCUGCAGGAUUCAUUCCUGUCCCCUGACUUCCUGGAAAUUGUGAGGUACUCCACGUCACCGACCGCUCAUCUCCAUGGCCUCCUGCGCUACCUCGAGUGCUUCUCAGAGAAGAGGAUCUAUCGGCUCCCAGUGUUCACAGAGGAGUUCUGCCAAGCCUUUGUGGAUGAGCUGGAGAACUUUGAGCAGUCGGAUAUGCCUAAAGGCAGGCCCAACACUAUGAAUAACUAUGGGGUUUUGCUGAAUGAGCUUGGGAUGGAUGAAACCUUCAUCACACCCCUGCGUGAGAAAUACCUGCGGCCCAUAACAGCACUGCUCUAUCCCGACCUGGGGGGUGCCUGCCUGGACAGCCACAAGGCCUUUGUUGUCAAGUACUCACUGCACGAAGAUCUGGAUCUGAGCUCUCACUAUGACAAUGCAGAAGUCACCUUAAAUGUUUCACUGGGCAAAGACUUCACAGAAGGCAACUUGUACUUUGGGGAUCUCAGCCAGGAUCCUACCCCCGUGCCAAAGUACAUAGAGAUCGAACACAUGGGAGCCCAGGGGCUAUUACACCGAGGAGGGCAGAUCCAUGGGGCGCUUCCCAUUGCCUCCGGGGAACGCUGGAACCUCAUUGUUUGGAUGAGAUCCUCUGCCAUCCGCAACCAGCUCUGCCCCAUGUGCAACAAGAAACCUGAGCUGGUGGAAGCAGAGGGGUUUGGAGAUGGGUUCACAGAGACCCUUAAGGACGAUGUGCCUGGAACUGUGGAUCUCUGUUCCUUGGGGUAGCAAAUGGUAGAGCCUGAAUUCUU